AUGCAGACUCGGUUGGGCCUGCGUUCGGCGCCUUUCCCGCGCCCGAGCAGCUCAGGCAGCCAGGAGCUUGAUGGGUGCGCUCUCCCGGGUGCGGAGCGCCUUAUCCCCCCGCGGUCCCAGCCUCAGUCUCUGUGCACGCUGGUCAGGCAUUACCUUUCCUGCUUCACCGGUCCUUUUGGAAUCAUUACCGUGAGAGUGAUUUGGUUUAACAGUAUUACCUUGUGGUAUCAUGAUGUCCCUCUGAAGAAUUGCCAGGUGAAUUUCCCAGCGUGCCCUGCGGCUCCCAAGGCUAUUAGUUCUGCCCAGCCUAAGUCUCGCGGCGCUGAAAGGCCUCGCGGCGCUGAAAGGCCCAGCGUGCAGGUCUGGCUGGUGACAGCAGGUGUUGCUCUCAACCUGCUCAGAAUUAACCUUGGGUCCAAAUCACUUUAUGCCUCAACUGACUACUGCCACCAGCCUCUGUCGCCCCAGACCGCAGGGCAGGGGCUGCCUCAGCUUAGGAUAGGCAACUGUGUCAAGCCUCCACUGGUCUAUCUCUCAAGGAAGGUGUGCCAAGAGGAGACUAGCUACACAGUGGUGCAGACGAGUGAAGAGGGGCUGGCAGCCAGCGGCGAGCUUCCCAGGCCCCUCCUGAUGCUGGCCCAGAACUGCGCGGUCAUACACAACCUGCUGGGCCCAGCCUUCAUCUUUCUGCGUAACGGCUUCGCGGAGAACAGGCAGCCUGACAGAUCUCUGCAGCCAGAGGAGAUUGAAGAGCUCAGGGAGGCCAUCAGAGAAUUUGACAAGGACGAAGAUGGCUACAUCACCUGCCGGGACCUGGGUAACUGCAUGCGCACCAUGGGCUACAUGCCCACCGAGAUGGAGCUCAUUGAGCUGUCUCAACAGAUCAAUAUUAACCCGGGUAACCACGUAGAUUUUGGUGACUUUGUGGAGCUAAUGGGACCUAAACUGGCGGAGACAGUAGAUAUGAUUGGAGUAAAGGACCUGCGAGAUGCCUUCCGAGGGUUUGGCACCAAUGGUGACGGGGAGGUAAGCACCAAUGAGUUACCAGAGGCCACGAGGAAACUCCUGGGUCAUCAGGUGGGACCCCGAGACACAGCGGAGAUUAGCGGAGUUGUGGACCUCAGUGAGGUUGUUGAGCAACUGGAGUUCUCAUUGAUUCCUAGAGGGGAUGCAAAAAUGUACAGCCACUUUUGGAAGACAGUUUGCAGUUUCUAA